AUGUCUCGUACCGACGUCGAGUUCAAGACAUCCGACAACGUCACGCUGCGAGGGUGGUUUUUCACACCGUCCAAAGUCGCGCCGGGAACAGAACUGCCUUGUGUGAUUCUGAGCCACGGUGUUAGUUGCGUCAAAGAAAUGGGCCUCGGCGACGUCGCGGCAAAGUACGUCUCCGAUAUGAACAUCGCGUGUCUUGUAUACGACUACCGUGGGUUCGGGGCGAGUGAUACAGCGCCUCACAUGCCGCGGCAGGAGAUCAAUACCUGGCUUCAGGCGAACGAUAUCCGAGACGCCAUUACCUAUUUGCAGAUGCGGGACGACGUGGACAAGGCGAAGAUCGUGGUCUGGGGGUACUCGCUUGGUGCGAUGUACUCAGUCUACGUCGCCGGUGUCGAUAGACGGGUGAAGGCUGUGGUUGCGAUAGGGCCGGGGAUGAGCGGGGACGAGAUCUGUAAGAGACUUGCGCCUCCUCACGCCCUCAAUGCCAUGCAAGGCCUCUUUGAGAUGGACAGGAUAGCGAGGGUCAAGGGUGGAGAGCCGAUCAAGGUGCCUGUUGUGAGCAUCGAGGGUGGCCAGUGCUUGUUACCGAGUCCGGAAAGCACAGCAUUCUUUCGAGAGUGGAUUGGGAAGGAUGAAGAAAGAGGGUGGAGGAAUGAGCUUACAUUGAGAAGUCUCGACGAUCUAUCGACGUAUGCGACUCCGAUGGCGCAUCUGGGAAAGAUGAGUCCAACUCCCGUCUUCUUUGGUGUGGCGGCUAGAGACACGAAUAGCCCCCCUGACAUGGUGAUGAAGCAGUACCAAAAGUUGACUGAGCCCAAAGAGUAUGCCAUUGUCGAUGCGGAUCAUUACGAAUUGAUGGGGAAGGCCAGAGAUAUCCUGCAUCCGAGGGAGGUUGCGUUCUUGAAGAAGUGGCUGUCCUUAUUCGGCGAUUUCGACAUCAACGGGAAUCUUGAUACCAUAAAGGGCAUCUUUGCUGAACAAUGGGCCUAUCCAUCGAUGCUGUGGCAUCCUUCCUACUAUCGCUCCAACGGCUAUGCAAACAGUGCGCAAUUCAUGCAUAGCGACGGAAGUACAGUGAUAAACACAUCGUGGUUCAAGUUCAACAUCAUACAGGUGGAUCCAGUUCAAGCUUUCCCAAAGAAACAGAGCGUGUGGAACAAGUAUGAAUGGUACGAGAUGAUUUUCCAUGUUUAUGCGCAGUUAAAUCGCGGUAUAGUCGCUUUCUGCCUAAACACACCAGAAAUCUUUCGCGAUAACCUCGUCGAUAUGAUGAGUUCGGGAAAGUGCGACACUACCGAGGAUGCAGCACCUUUGCUCCAAGAUAUGAUACUGGCAGAGGUAGUCAAAAUGUAUGAUCAUGCUGUUUGGACGAUCCGGGACCAUGUUCGAAAGCUUGAGAAGGAUCGAGAUAUUACCGGGGCAUAUCGCGAUUUUCCCAAGCUUCAUGAUCUUGCAAGACACAUUAUUCAUAGUUGCGAGGUACUCGGUGUCGCUUGUGACAAUGUUACAGAACUCAUCGAUGCACGAAGAGGAGGUUGCUCAUCUCCUAGCACCAACAGCGGCGCUAUUCAGCUGCUCAGGUGUCCUCACAACGAUAUCCAAAUCGCGGUUUCGUUGAGGUCGUUGCGGAACCUCCAACGACGAUCGGAUGCGCUGAAAGCGCGACUUACGAAUGAGAUAAAUCUGGGAUUCAAUCUUGUUGUGCAAAGCGAUAGCUCUUCAAUGAAGACCAUCUCUUUGAUCACUCUUGCUUUCCUUCCAGCAACUUUUGUUUCGGCAAGUGAUUUUCACUGA